AUGCGUACCGCUGCAUUCAUCACUCUUCUGGCCUCCGUGGUCUCUGCCACUCCCUUCGGCCAACGCUCUCAGGUUCUUGCCAGAGCAAGCGAGACUUGCCCCGUCGUCUUCGAUGGCCGGGUCCCUGCCAAUGCAUCUCUGACCGACUUCGACACGGCGAAUGGCGGCGGCUGGAACCCUUACAACCCCGGCUUCGUCAAGGGAAACAACAUCUCCUGGUCCGAGAUUCUUCAGCUUCCCAAGACCAAGACUAAGUCGCGCUUCGAUACUGAGGCUGGUACUAUCCCUCUUGAGGUCACCAUCAGCGACAACAGUAUCUUCAUGAAGCAGCUUGGCUUCAGACGCGCUGGUCUGCAGUUCAACAAGGAUAGCAAUGAGGGCAGCCCUGGAUCUAAGGGCGUCAAGACUCUGCACUUUAGCAUUAUGCAGGAUGACAAGCGCCCUCUCAACCUUAGCCAUGAGUACCUGAAUGUUUGGCACGAGAAGGCCGAUUUCUCCGGCAACCAGUUCCAGUUCCAGGCUGGUCAACUCAUCGGACAGAACGGCACUGCUGCUACCUGGAAGCUUCUCGACCAGGACUUCAAGCUUCUCUGGGAGACUCCUAUGCUCAAGAAGGUGUGGCAGAACUUUGCCAUCACUCUCAACUACGAGAAGAACACCAUCCAAGCCUACUACUCCAAGGGAUGCAAGCCUCUCAAGGUCGCCACUCAGCCCAUCGCCCGCAAUUUGACUGGCCAGGGACAGUUCCAGAUUGGUAUCCUCAAGAAGCCCACUGGUACCGAUGAUGUUGCCAACUCUGGAUUCCAGGAGGCCAACUUGAACGAGGGACUUAUUUACGGUGGUAUCUUCCUUGAGGACAGCGCGGAUGGAUGUGUUUCUCUCUAA